AUGGCUAUAAACGGCGUAGGAGAUGUUAUUGCUUUGGUUCAGAUCACCACACAGGCAGCAAAGACACUUCACGCUGCUGCGCAUGCCCCAUACGAGAUCAGGCGCUUCAUCCAGGAGACAGACCGAUACCAAUCAUGCGUGGGGAUAGCUGCGAGCAGACUACGCCGGCAUGGUGCCAUUUUGAAGGACCACGCUGACGUGAAGAGCAAUAUCCAGGGUAUGCUUGAACAGUGUGCAGAGACGACCAAGAAAUUGAGAAAGAUCGCGACGAGGUAUGAGCACAUUGUGAAAAGGAAGGGAGCGGCCACUGGAGCAGACGCUGCCUGGCUUCAAUGGAUCGAAGCAUUCAAGACCGUGUACCAGACGAUCGAGUGGACCACCAAAGGCGUCGUGGUCGAAGGCCUCCGAGCAGAACUGUCACGACAUAUUCAGAUGCUAACCUGGCUGGAAAAUGGACUGCUCUCCGAACAGGUUGGUCAACUUUCAGUCCAGGUUAGCAACAUGCAUGACAUGCUCGCCUUUGCAAUGUCAAGCCCGUCUCCCACCCCGUUGUCAAGUCCCUUUGGCCCAUCACCUAAUCCGACGUCACCAUCGAUCACGGUAAGGGGUUCUGGAAGCCAGGUUAAUUCUCCAGAACUUGCAUCAACUACGCAAGCUCAACCUAUGGCUCCUCUGUGGCUGCCAGGUCCAACAUUCGACAUUGAUGAUUAUGACUUUGGACAGGAUAUUGAGGACCAGUUGGUACUGCCAGAAAGUUUUGUGGGCGUCACCCCUGGCGAUCAGUAUCGCCACGUCAAGCUCGCGUCCAUCAAAGAACAGAAGGAAUUCGUUGAAAAUCUUACUGCCCAUACUAGCUUCACCGAAAUUCGCGUCGAGUCGGUCCACUUUGUCUGGCGGAAGCCUGGAGCUCCAGAUGGAGUUUUGAUAGAGGCCAGCGAUUCGGGCAGAGUGCUACUCGUUAAGAAUGGGGCAGCCGUGGAGGAUAUUUGGACCGUGAACGACAAGAGAACGAUACGGUUCAGGCAACGAGAGCUCCAUCUUCGUCUUCUAGUGCCCACCUGGGAAUACAUUAUUCCAUACUCAAUCAACGGCGACGAACUUACGGCUGUUGUCGAGCAAGGGGAGGGUUUGACCUUCUUCACAAUUGAAGAGGGUCAGCGGCGGGAUCAUCCGAGGAUUCCAACUACUUGGGUCCAGUACAAGUUCAAGAGUGUACCUGAUUGCGAGCUGUUUCAGCAGGUUGUCUACGGGUCCACUCUUCGACUUGUGGUACCUGUGACUGAGAUUUGUCGGCCACAUCGAGGCAGAGACGAUGAUCGUCUGGUGGGCUUCGAGAACGUCCGGGUCUGGGAGAUGCAGUCGGAGAUGCGAUUCAUGGUGCAUUUAAUCCAGGAAAAAGGGAAGCGGCGGAAGAAAUACCUGGAAUUCAACCAGGGUCCAGUGUGUCAAGACAGCAUCAAGAUCGAGAGUAAAGGGACCGGCCGCAAAUCCACGCUAUUAUUGACCGGUAUCCAUGCUCCAAUCGACGACAUGGAAUUUCAGAGGAGAGCGUCCACGUCGACCCUGAACUCGGACUCAACCCUGGGUCCGACAAAGUCACUAACGAGACGUUUCUCCUGGGAUCGAAGUCUGCCCUACCUGGACAAGGCGGAAAUCUAUUUUAGACAACAAGAAGAGAAAUAUUUCAUCAUGUUCACUGGCCUCGUCGAAACGCUCGGCACCGUCAGUGCGCUGGUGGCACUCGACCCCUCGACAUCGGGCGGCAACGGCACCUCGCUGACCAUCUCGGACUGCGCGACCAUCCUCACGGACGCGGCGCUGGGCGACUCGAUCUGCGUCAAUGGCACGUGCCUGACGGUGACGGAGCUCGAGCCCUCGCAGCCGCCGUACAGCUCGUUCAAGGUCGGGGUGGCACCCGAGACGCUGCGGCGCACCAACCUGGGCUCGCUGAAGGAGGGGAGCAAAGUCAACCUGGAGCGGGCGGUGAGCGCAGCCACACGCAUGGGCGGCCACUUCGUGCAGGGCCACGUCGACACGGUGGCGUUGAUCGCGAGCGUGACGCCCGACGGCAACGCCCUGACCUUCCGCCUGGCCCCGCGCGACCGCGCCGUGCUGCGCUACGUUGUGGAAAAGGGAUACAUCACCCUCGACGGCGCGAGUUUGACCAUCACUAAAGUCAACGACGCCGACGGUUGGUUCGAGGUCAUGUUGAUCGCGUACACGCAGGAGCGGGUCGUCAUGGCGGCCAAGCAGCGCGGCGACGAGGUCAACGUCGAGAUCGACAUUGUCGGCAAGCUGGUCGAGAAGAGCGUCGUCGGGUACCUCGAGGGUGCUGCGGGCGGAGAACAGGGCGGCGCCCCGGCCAUGCUGGAGAAGAUUGUGGGCCGAUUGGUGGAGGAGAAGUUGAAGAUCGUACAACAGCAGCGGUAG